AUCAGUAUCAGUUGUUGAUCGGGGCUCAUUCAGUCGAUACUUAACCUAAACCGGUGUAACGUGCUAAGCAUAUAAACAAACAACUUACUAACAAUUACUUAAGUUUAUUAAAAUAAAAAGUUUAUUUACUUAUUAACUUAAAUUAAACCACUCCUCUUGCUUAUUCACUUAUCGUAAGACAUCCGUCCGCCGGAUUAUUUUUAACUAUCACGUGCACAGUGCGUAGUUAGUUUUCAUUUGUUUUCAAUAAACCUUAUCAUUAUCGUCUCAAGAUACAGUUCAGUACUAUAAUAUCAUAAGUUAUAAGUUACAAGUCAUAAGUAUCUCACAAGUGACUAAUUUUAAACAAAAUAUGUGCUUAUAACUCAAAACUUAUUAUUUCCCACUGUAAAUAGAAAGCAGGGAGUCAAGAUGGUGAUGGAAGCAUCCGAGAUGAUAGUAGACUACUUGGUGUUUAUUACAGUAAUCGUAAUAUCGUUUGUGGUGCCACUGUGGGGAAAAUUUCGGGCGAAAAAAAAGGAAACCAAAGCGAGUUAUGUUUUUGCAACGGGGAGUGUGUCAAUGGGCGCAAUGAUGUUAUCGAUAGCACGUGGUACACUCGGUGUAAGGUCUUUUCUUGGGUAUCCGUCAGAAUUGUACUAUCACGGCAGCGCCAUGUGGGAAACUCUCUACGGCAUGCUGCUGGCGUAUCCGAUUGUAUGUUUUAUCUUUGUUCCUGUUUAUUACAGUCUUGGUAUAACAUCUGUUUAUCAGUACUUAGAUAUGAGAUUUCACUCAAAAUUAGUUCGAUGUCUUGCCAGUUUUUCUUACGUGCUACGAAGUCUUUUGACACUGGCUGUUGUUAUUUUCACGCCUUGUGUUGCACUAAACACCGUGAUCGGUCUUCCUUACUGGGCUAGUAUCGUCGGAAUGACCACCAUCUCUGUUGUCUUCUCAUCACUAGGUGGAUUAUCAGCAGCUAUUCUGUCGGACGUAAUUCAAGGAGUGACGAUGAUUGGUGUGUCUAUUGUAAUUAUUGUGCAAGGUGUGAUUGACGUCGGAGGACCGAGCACCGUUUUCAAUGUCACUCAUUCACGUGGCCGCCUUGACUUUUUGGACUUCAAUACCGAUCCAACUGUUCGGGUCACGACAAUAUCAGCAACGUUGGGUCAACUAUUUAUGAGCUUGUCCAUUUUUGGUUGCCAACAAAAUUUCGUUCAACGCUACUGCAGCAUGAGCAGUAAAAGCAAAGUCAAUAAGACGAUGAUGGCAAACAUGCCAAUCAUAACAAUUCUCUUUUCCCUGUCCUGGGUCGUGGGUAUGGUGAUAUUUGCCGCUUACGCUGACUGUGAUCCCUACCAAUCAGGAUACAUCUCAAAGUUCGACGAAAUAGUCCCCUUCUACGUCGAAGACAAGCUGACUUACCUUCCAGGCCUUUUAGGUCUGGUGAUGGCGACACUUUUCAACGGUGCUUUGACGAUAGCCGUAUCCAACCUGAACUCCUUGGCCACAGUCACUUUUGAGGACUUCCUGAGCCAAAUUCCCGCCCUGAGCAACCUGAAAGACCAACAGCAGUUGAGGAUCAUCAAAUUGGUGGGAGUUAUCUACGGAAUCUUGAUAGUAGGUGCCAGUUUCCUAGUCGCCAUGUUGUCAGGUGUGAUAGAGUCCUCCAUGUUGAUGACUUCGGCGACAUCUGGACCUCUGCUGGGUGUCUUUGUCUUGGCAAUGUUGGUUCCUUGUGCAAACUGGAAGGGAGCGGCAACAGGUGUAAUUUUUAGCCAUCUGAUGUCCCUGUGGUUAACCUUCGGCCAUCUAUCGGUCACUGAUGAAACUGAAACUCUUCCUCUGUCGGUAGCUGGCUGCACAAACGACUCUUUUUCUUCACACCUACGCAGACCACUGACAAAUAUUCCCAUAGACGUGACUCCUGUGAGCCUUGACUUAGCCAUAUCAGCUAGUCAACCUACCAGCUUUAGUUCCCUUGGAAGCAGCUCUGGCCCGCUCGACGUAAUUUACAGUAUCACCUAUAUGUACUACGCACUCAUCGGCAGCAUGACCACUAUAAUUGUUGGGAUUAUCGUCAGUCUUCUGACUGCAAAUGAGAAAGAAGACGCUUACGAAGAGCACCUUCUGCAUCCGUUCGCGCUCAAGCUGUCAAAACUGAUGCCAGGAAAGCCAAGGUUGUUUGCAGAAUCGCGCAGGCUCGGGGACAAUGAUACUGAAGCUAGCAAUCCAGCGUACCAUGGCUCUAUGACUUCUGUUGAUGAUACUGAUGAAGAGGUCAACAAGUUCAAACUGAAUUUGAACAGCAGCGGUGUCGCUGAUCCAGGGAAACUGGAACAGAACACUGUUGCCUAUAUGCGAAAGCUUGAUGCACUUAAAGAAGUGUCCCUUGAAGUCACUAAUGAAGUUGGUAAAGGCACUAAACUAUGAUAGGAGUUACAUGAAGAAAUGUUGGUUAUGAUUAGAGUACUUUAAUUUUUUAUGCUAUUGAUAUUUUGCGGAUAUUGCUGGUGCUUGAACCGACUGACGAUCUUUUGAUCGAGUGAGUCAAUUAUGUUACUUUUCUCGUGUAAAUAAAUGCAUUUGUUUAAUAAAUUAUAUAAAUACUUAAGGGCUAGAUAGGUUAUUAAUUAGAGAUAGGUGCAAGUAUUUUUGAUUACACGUUUUAGGAUGGUAGUUGCUGAAUAUUGUAUUAUAGAGGAUGAUGUGAAAAGUAUUAAUAACCUGGGGACAAAAUUGUGUUUGAUUAUUAAUCAUAGAUUGAUAUGAUGACGUAUAGACGUGAAAGUUUAUCAUGUAAAGAUAUGAAUGCAAUUUUUGUUGAAGAUUAUGGAUAAUUGAUCGAUUUUUUUUUAGAGUUGUCAUGUAUGAUCGUAAAUAAUGGUUUGCCAUUAGAUCAGAUAUUAAGAAUUUAUUCAUAUCUUCAGAUAUGUGCAUAUAUGCCCACUUUUAUAUUAUUAUGCGAUGCAACUAAAUAUGAACGAUGUUCUUACUUUGUAAUAUAUAUUAGUUUUCAUCAUUACAUGUUGAAUAUUUAUUCAUAUUAUCACAUAUAAUCAAGUGUUGAAAAAAAUUUUGAAAUAAUCAGAUUUAAUUAUAAAUGAAUUAUUAUAUUAUUUGACAAUUUUUAUGAGAUCAAUAUGAUCAGAUAUUGUCAAAUGUUCCUGAUGUUCUUAUAUAAUCAUGUAUAAGCCAUAUUUUUUAACAAUCACUUGUUAUUAUACAUAGGCGGUUUUCUUAUACGUUAAAAUACAAUCAUAAAUGUAUAUUUUUUUUAAUGUGAUUAGAUAAUAACACAUUAACCUGUCAUAAGUGAUUUUACAUAAUUUUUUUUCCCAGGAUGGAUGAAAUACAACUAAUGUUAUAAAUAAAUACCAAAUAUUUAUGAAAGGAAUAAAUAAAUAUAUUUAUACUUAUGUGAAUAGGAUUGAGACAAAAAAUGUAUGAGUGUGCUAUAAUUUAUGACGACGAACUUAUUUUUUAAUUAUAUUUAAAUUUACGUUAAAAUAAGCUUUUUUUAGUGAGUGCAAAAAACUAUUGCGAUUCUGAGUGAUAUUUUAUAUAUAGACUUACAAGGAUUUAUAUAAACAUAGAUUGUUCAGUACGUAACAAAUAAAUAUAACAAUGUGACAAUGCGUGAUGGCGUUGCGAUUUUGUCCAUUCCUAUCGAAUUUAUCCGUUAUUAUUGUCUAGAUUUAUUGAUAAUCGAGUUAAAUAGAUUAAGUCUAUACAUGUAUAUUUAAUUAACGGCAACACGUAAUAGUAAGAAAAUUGUAUUUUUUCAGAUUUAAAUUUAAAUAAUAAAUGAAUAUAUGAAAGUGUAAAUUAGGAUUAAAAUAACAUACUUUACAAUUUACAUUCUGUUUAGAACAUUUUUUCUCGCGGUGUAGACGAAGCUCAUUUAUAUGCGAAACGCUAAGUUUUUUUAGUACAUAAUGUAAUAUAUAUGACGGUACAAAGAGUUUUAGAGGGUACUCUUUCUCAACAGAGAAAGUCGGGAUUAAUAAGAGUGGGAUGCAAGAGUUAAAGAGUAUAAUAAUAAUUAAUCUGGUUGAGACACAUGACGGGCUCUUGUGGUAUGGGUACUUUCCUGAAAAUUAUUGCGAUCUCAGUACAAAACACAACGCGUACUAUAAUUUUGUUCUGGUACCUACGACCGAUUAACGUAAUUAAAAUGGUCCAUUAAGUCAUAAGAGAUUUUGUUUGAAAUUAAAUUGAGAUAGCUAUGAGAAUUGUAAGAGAAAACAAGAAUUUCAGGCGUCAAUUAUUUUUAUUAUGAUUGUAAUUUAAAAUGAAAUUGUUAAUGAUAAUGCUAAUUAUGACAUUGUGACAAUAAAAAAGUUUUAAGCAAAA